AUGAAACUCGCAGUCACAGUAUUGGCAUCAAUCCUGCUUGCUUGCUCGGUUACUACAGCUACUCCAGCCAAUCCCAGUGCAUUCGUAGUUGAUAUUAGUCGACUUUCAGAGGUUGAUGCGAGGUUGAUCGAAGGACAUCUAGAAACGGAUCGAAAACGUCAAGAGAUGAGGAAAAAUGAUCCAACAUAUCAAAAAAAGCUUCAAAAUUCUAGACUCGAGCUUAAAGAAGCGAGAGAAAAACUCGAGGAGCUUGAAGAAAAGCGAGAGAAACUCGAACAUGAUUUCUUUGUGUUUAGAUUGUCAUUGUAUUCAAUCAGAGAAAACAUCGCAAGGCGCCUGUUUGGAUAUGGUAUGGAUCUAGCAUCGUUUUAUUCUUGUGUUGAAUUUCUGAAAUUCAAUCCCAGUUUUCUUGAAAGCAUAUACGAAUCUCUCACUCUCCGACUAAACCAGCAGUCAGAAUCCGAGCAAGCUUCUACUAGUGGAACCCAGAGUUCAUCACAACAUCAUGAAAGUUCAUCAUCAUCAAGUGAAACAUCUACAGUCCAAUCCACUUAA